AUGCAGGCUGGCCACCUGAUGCAUCCAUCGCACGCAGCCCUGCUGGAUGUGCUGCCAACGUCGCCGUCGCGUGACACGGAAGAGGGGGUGGCGCCGAUCGUGACCCUGCCCUUGGAUCCUACGUCCGCUAGAUGGAUACAAGCUAUGUUGGCAUUGCCCGCAAGCUAUACGUACGACGCUACACUCACAUGGCACGAGACCCAGCUUCAUCUGCAUAUGCAUAUCGUUGCAAUCCCCCCCAGUUGUUGGGCAGCCCAGACACCUGUGGUGGCCGAUCGAUUGCGUGCGAUUGUAGAGUAUGUGAAUACGCGCGAUGGUAUACCCAUACCCACUCUCUCGCUAGAAGGCAGCGCUGAAGCGGGUGCUGCGUUGGUCUAUGAAAGCUUGGCGCGUCGUGAAUCGGAUCCAGCUACACAAAUGCCCAUGGCCGAGCAGCCACGGCACCUGCAGGCUACACUACUGCCUUUCCAACGUCGUAGCGUGAGUUUCCUACUGGAACGCGAAGUCCCUGUAUCGCAACGCCACAUUUUGCGACGAGCCUGUGGGCCUUGGUGGCUCCAAGUAGGCCAGGCGCCAUUGUAUUUUCAUGUCUUGAGUGGUCAGCUCACCGUCGACCAGACGCUGGCAUCAUGGGAUGUAGCAGGGGCCAUCUUAGCCGAAGAAAUGGGGCUGGGCAAAACGGUCGAAGUGCUUUCGCUCUUACUGGAGCGGCAAGAUCCCACACGCGGUACACGGCCAGCGUAUUACGACGCAGCCAACGAUGUGGACGUACAGCCUGUAGGGGCAACCUUGAUCGUGUCACCAGAGACACUGCGUCGGCAAUGGCUUGACGAGAUUGCCCAGCAUGCUCCGACGCUGCGCGUGUAUUCGUACACGGGACAUCGUCAGGCACAAAAGGAUUACGAGGCAGCCCAGUGCACAACUUGGGGCGCCUGGACGCAGUCCAUCGAUGUCAUGGUCGUAUCGUUUGAGACACUUGCGCGCGAAUUGGCGGCAUCUCAUGCAGCGCCUGUGCGUCAGCUGCGUCAACCAUCGAAGUAUGAGCGUCCACGCAGUCCUCUCGUCCAAUUAGAGUUUCUGCGUGUGGUAAUGGAUGAAGUGCAGUUGGUGGGCGGGAAUGCAGCCAAAACCAUGGGACUGAUCCAUCGUACCUGCAGUCUUGCUGUCAGCGGCACACCUGUUCGCCGCUGGGCCGACGUACGUACGUCGCUAUGGUUUCUUGGCUUGGUCUCGCCAAAAGCCACACCCAAAGUCUGGGCACGAAUCUUGAGCCCAGCCAUGGCGCCCUACGUGUACGAUGUCCUUGCGCAGGUAGGCAUUCGGCAUACUAAGGCCCAAGUCGCACAUGAAAUGGUUCUGCCCUUACAGACACGCUAUUUGGUCCCUGUGGACUUUACGCACGUGGAAACGGCUUUUUACAAGGAUGUGUGGCAUGCCAGCUUAGCUGCGCUGCACCUGGAUGCAGAUGGGGCCCCUCUUACAGAGGACUGGGAGCUCGAUGCCAGCGUGCUGCGUGCUCAGCUCAUCCGUUUACGCCAGGCGUGUACACAUCCACAUGUUGCUAUGCGCGGAGGGCAUGUGCUGGGCUCGGGCGAUGCGCCCUUGGGCGUUGUCAACCUGCACCGAAUUGAGCAUGUACUUGCGCAAAUGAUGGAGGCUACACGGCAUGAACUGCUUACACAAAAACACAACCUGAUGGCGAAACGAAUUUAUCGGGCGACCAUCCUACUCUUCGCGCCAUGGGACGAGUUGCAAACACAAAUGAAUGCUGGGUUGCGGCAGGCCCAUGCGGCGCCGGAGGCACUGGCCUAUGGGCAUAUAUUGCAAUCACGUACGCGAUUGGAUGUCGUGCGUGAUCAGCUAGAGACAUUAUUGCCGGAGGCACAGGCCCAAGUGGCGCAGCUGGAGCAGGCCAUGCAGGCGGCCCAAGAGCAAGGACCUUUAUACCGCUUCACCUCGGACGAGCUCACAGCCCUGGCGCAAUGGGAGCAACAUGGGAGCGUAGGGGAGCUGCCAGACGGCCUAUCCCAUGGGACUUGGCGUCUGCGACAGCAAUACAUUGCCGCGCUGAAAAGUCGUCAGCGCCAUUGGCUGCAAGUGGUCCAUCGAAUCCAACAAUUUUCAGGGCACUGCUACUUCCAGCUGGGUGAGGCAGUACGUGCCACAGAGGCUCCCGUGAAGAAGGAAGAAGAGGGCGAACCGCCUGCUCCGUCACAAGUGUCGGUGCCGCCUACCAUAUGGACACCGAAAGAAGACGAGGCGUACCAAGCCGCAGAGCUUACGCGCCAACGACUGUUGGCAGAGGCACGCGAAGCGGUAGAGCAAGCCUUGCAUACAUGGCACGUGUACCAGCCUGAGCUUGUGCCCUGGACGCGGCCUACUCUCCACGCAACACCAGCCAUCGCCGGACGUAGCGUGCUGGAAGCCAUCGAGGCGCGCUUGGAUAUGCUGCGUGACCAUGCCGCCCUGGUCUGGGAUUGGCGGACCCAAAUCGCCACACGGUUGUCACGCCCGGUGAACCGCGAAGUGAACAAGGCCCGUGAAGAUGACGAUAUGUACGCGGAGAAUUUGGAUGCGCAAAUUGAGGCAGAGACGCUGAUGGAAAUGUACCGCCCCCUCCUCGCCCAGCGUGAUGAGCUAGUGACAGGUCGUAUUGCCCUCGGUGCCACGGCGCGACCUCAGCUGUUUGUGGAGUUGGAUCGUGCCUUGCGAUCGGCCCGGUCACGGCGCUUUGCAUUCCACGGACAAGAAGAAGCUGACGAUCCUCCCGAAGGCGUGGAAGAUGAGGAUGUACGGCAGGCAAAGCGGCUACAGCUCCAGCAUUUUCGUACGCUGGAACAAGCGCGCCAAAAGGUCAUUCUGCCACCUGGGGAUCCGCCGCUGACGAUGCUGGUCGCAGCGCUACGUGAUGUACGCGAUGCCAGUACACGUCAGGAGGAUAUCCAGCUACUUACAGUGAUCCAUGCACAGCUGCAGACUUUGGUACGUGAGCAGACACCUUGGCUCGAGAAGCUUCGACGUGAACAAAUGCUCCUGCAAACGCUGUUUAAUGCCCGCGCUAUUUACUUUAAACAGAUGCAAGAACUCUCAGACCAGGUGCAGGAUCCUGAUAUGCCGCAGGGUCCAUGGAUGGGCGUGUGCGCAGCAUUGGCCCAGGAAAAAAGCAUACGCCAAUCUAUUGGAAGCCUGGAAGGGCGUUUGCGGUAUUUGACGCAUGUCGAGCGUAUGCAGCAGGACGAAACGCAAGACAGCGAAGCACGCCAAUGCUUUAUUUGUACAAAUACCAUGGAUACAGGUGUGCUGACCAAUGCAUGUGGCCAUGUAUGCUGUGAGACGUGCUUCCACGCAUGGAUGCGUCGUGGGCAUCGGACGUGCCCCUUGUGCAAGACGCGUAUUGCACCGCGUGAUAUUCAUCGUAUUGUGUACCGUGCUGCAGACGGCCCGCAACUGCCAGGCUCGAAGCUCGAUACUGGCAGUAGUAUGUUCCAUGUAUUGCCGACAGAGACGCGGCAGGCUUUGCUUGCACAACCUCUGCCUGCGGAAGGCAGCCAUGGAACCAAGUUGGAUUUGCUCCUCCGCCACCUUGUGUAUUUACAGCGCACGACGGGCGAAAAAAGUCUCGUGUUCUCCUCGUUUGCACGGGGCUUGGACUUGGUCGCUGAGAGCCUGGAGCAGCAUGGAUUACGAUACGCACGCAUAGAUGGCACGGGCGGGAAACGAGCUGGUGCGGCUGUGGAUGCCUUUCAGCAUGAUCCAGAUGUGCGAGUGUUGUUGCUGCACAGCGAGGCGCAGUCGGCUGGUCUCAACUUGCUAGCGGCCACGCACCUCUUCUUAUUGGAGCCUCUGCUCAAUUACGCUAUGGAACUACAGGCGAUGGGUCGCGUCCACCGUAUCGGACAGACAAGACCGACGUUUGUGUAUGGCUAUAUGGUACGCGAUACGGUUGAGGAACGUAUUGUAGGGAUGGCCGCAGCACGCAGUCAGUCUCUCUACCUAGAUACAGGCGCGGAUGCUGACAGUGCUGUGGUGCAAGCCGCACAUCUGGCACAGGCCCAUGACAUUUCUCGCGAGGCUCGACGAGGUGAUUUGAUUGGCGCACCAGAUGAUUUAUUAGCUUGUCUGUUUCCUCAGCAUAUUGGCACGUAG